AUGUACUCUUACGUCUGCCUGCCGCGCGGGGAGAGUGCCUGGCCUCCGCUGCAGCCCCUCACCUACACCUACUUGCCCGCCCCUCUGCUGCUGCCUCCCAUCCAGGCCCACAACUUCUGCAGCCGGCCAGCGAGCUUGUGCGUGGGAGAGAGGGCGGCCCCGCGAGAAUACCACCGUUUUUACGGCCCCAGCGUAUCUCCGGCCGCCACUCCACCCUGGUGGGCCUUCCCAGCAGCCCACGCCGCCGCCCUUAGCUCGCCGGUCCCUGACGCUCGCCUCCUGGGGCCGUCGCUGCAGGAAUCCGCAGCCGAGAGCUGGGCGCCCUGGCCCGAAGGUGGCAAUGUGCAAGCCGAACUGCGAUGGGGCCGCGUGGAACGCACGCACGGCCACGGCCUGCAGCUGCCCGACUUCGUGUGCCGGGAGCUGCGGCGAGUGUACGGCACGUACCCGCGCACCGACGUGCGCGUCACCCACAGCCGCGGCGAGUUCCUGCUGCAGGCGUCGCCGCGCGUCGGCCAGCSGGAGUACCGGGUGGAGAGGCGCGUACUGCGCCGGCCCAAUAGCGGUGACAGCAGCAGCCCAGCCCGGGAAGCCGCGGAGCGCGGCCGUCCCAAGAAGAGGAAGGGUCUAGGCUGA